AUGGACAUAGAUUUCAUGCUUCGACUUCUAGAGGGAGGAUGUAAAACGAGUGAAGGCAUACCGAUUGAUCGUGGCAGUCACAUUUUCACUUUCGCUGAAAGCAUUGGCGUCUCAACCGGUUGUUAUAGUAGUCCAAUGGAAGCAGUUUUCCAAAGGAUAUAUGCAUAUAUCCUCAUUUUCACUGUUCUUUCAGCAUCGUUGACGCUGUCACCAAGUACGCAUACACAGGCAGCAUCACAAUAA